AAGAAAAAAAAAUAAAAAUAAAAAUAAAAAUAGCUAUCCUUUUCCUUCUUCUUCUUCUUCUUCCAUCUCUCUACUGGCUCUCCGCCUUUCUCCCUCGCUCCUCCACUUCUUCUUCUUCUUCUUCUUCUGGUUCUUCUAGGGUUUGCGGAAUGGCGACCAUGGAGAGCUUGAUAGGCCUCGUGAAUCGGAUACAGAGGGCGUGUACGGUCCUCGGCGACUACGGUGGUGGUGAUGCUGCUUUGCCUACUCUAUGGGAGGCCCUUCCUUCCGUAGUCGUCGUCGGUGGCCAGAGUUCGGGGAAGUCGUCGGUGCUGGAGAGCAUAGUCGGGCGUGAUUUUCUUCCCAGGGGAUCAGGGAUUGUGACGAGGAGGCCUUUAGUGUUGCAGCUGCAGAAGACAGAACAGGGGCUACAGGAGUACGCCGAGUUCCUUCACUUGCCGAAGAAGAGAUUUACUGAUUUCUCUAUGGUUCGGAAGGAAAUUCAGGAUGAAACUGAUAGAUUGACUGGGAAGUCGAAACAGAUUUCUCCUGUUCCUAUUCAUCUCAGUAUCUACUCCCCAAAUGUUGUCAAUUUAACACUGAUAGAUUUGCCCGGUUUAACAAAGGUUGCUGUAGAGGGACAGCCAGAAAGUAUUGUUCAGGACAUUGAAAACAUGGUUCGUUCAUAUGUAGAGAAGCCAAAUUGCAUCAUUUUGGCCAUAACUCCGGCCAAUCAAGAUGUAGCAACAUCUGAUGCUAUCAAGAUUGCUAGGGAAGUUGAUCCAACAGGUGAACGGACAUUUGGCGUGUUGACAAAGCUUGAUUUGAUGGAUAAAGGAACAAAUGCUUUGGAUGUUCUUGAAGGAAGAUCUUAUCGGCUUCAACACCCUUGGGUUGGAAUUGUAAACCGUUCACAAGCUGAUAUACACAAAAAAGUCGACAUGAUUGCUGCUCGGCAGAGGGAGCGUGAGUUCUUUGCCACAAGUCCUGAUUAUGGACACUUAGGCAGCAAAAUGGGCUCUGAAUAUCUUGCAAAACUUCUUUCAAAGCAUUUAGAAUCUGUAAUUAAAGCUCGCAUACCAGGCAUUGCAUCAUUGAUUAAUAGAAGCAUCGAUGAACUUGAAGCAGAGUUGGACCAUCUUGGUAGGCCUGUUGCUAUUGAUGCUGGGGCCCAGUUAUACACUAUCCUAGAGUUGUGCCGUAUAUUUGACCAAAUUUUCAAGGAGCAUUUAGAUGGAGGGCGACCUGGUGGUGAUCGGAUUUAUGGAGUUUUUGACCACCAGCUCCCUGCUGCUUUGAGGAAGCUUCCAAUUGACCGCCAUCUUUCACUGCAAAAUGUAAGGAAAGUGGUUUCUGAAGCAGAUGGUUACCAACCUCAUUUAAUAGCACCUGAGCAAGCUUAUCGACGCCUCAUUGAGGGUGCACUUAAUUACUUCAGAGGCCCAGCGGAAGCUUCCGUAGAUGCUGUUCACUUCAUACUGAAGGAACUUGUUAGAAGGUCAAUUGGAGAAACUCAGGAGUUGAAGCGCUUUCCAACUCUUCAAGCUGAAAUAGCAACAGCUGCCACUGAAGCAUUGGAGAGAUUCAGGGAAGACAGUAAGAAGACAACUUUGCGAUUGGUGGAAAUGGAAUCUUCAUACCUGACUGUGGAUUUCUUCAGGAAAAUUCCUCAGGAAUUGGAGAAGGGAGGAAAUCCAGCUGCCUCCUCUGCAGAUCGAUAUACAGAAGGGAAUUUCCGCAGGAUAGGAUCAAAUGUUUCCUCUUAUGUAAAAAUGGUAUCAGAGACACUCAAGAAUACCAUACCGAAGGCAGUGGUUCAUUGUCAAGUGCGGGAGGCCAAGCGGUCUUUACUUGAUCAUUUUUAUACACAAGUGGGCAAAAAAGAGGGCAAGCAACUUGCAGAACUGUUGGAUGAAAAUCCAGCAUUGAUGGAAAGGAGACAGCAAUGCACAAAGAGGCUUGAGUUAUACAAGUCUGCAAGGGAUGAGAUUGAUUCAGUCUCAUGGUCCAGAUGAGGUGAAUCUUUAAGUUAGGAAAAUCUUUGUAUAAAAUUUAAAAUAGCACCGAAGGACAUGCUAUAAGAAAUAUCAGACUUUUAGUUUUCUCUACUGCCAUUGUUUUAAAAUAUAGAUGUGAUAUUUUUGUAUUGAAAUGCUUGGGUUUUAGUUGAUUAUGAUUUUCGUAAA